GUGAGGAUCCUGACACAUAAAACUCGGUUAAUAAUUUCAACUGAAAAACCCUACUGUCAAAGGACAUUCGUUUGAAGACUUGUUUUUCCACAUCACCUAUCAUGGGCAAGAAAGUGGCCAUCGUGGGAGCUGGAGUCAGUGGCUUGGCCGCAAUACGGUGCUGUCUGGAGGAAGGGCUGGACCCCAUCUGCUUUGAAAGGAGCAAUGAUGUUGGAGGCCUAUGGAACUUCUCGAAUCACGUGGAGGAAGGAAGAGCCAGCAUUUACCAGUCAGUCUUCACCAACUCUUCCAAAGAAAUGAUGUGUUUUCCAGACUUCCCCUAUCCUGAUGAUUUCCCAAACUACAUGCACCACAGCAAGCUCCAAGAAUACAUCAAGUCAUUUGCUCAGAAGAAGGAUCUUCUGAGAUAUAUACAGUUUGAGAAAAAUACUGCAAUACAGAAAGGAAGAAUUCCACAAAUAGAAGGAAUUCUUCUUUUUCUCAUUUUCUUACAGACCCUGGUUUCCGGUAUAAAGAAAUGUUCGAGCUUCUUGACCACUGGCCAAUGGGUGGUUGUUACUGAAAAAGAUGGCAAGCAAGAAUCUGCGCUCUUUGACGCUGUGAUGAUCUGCUCAGGACAUCAUGUGUACCCCAACAUGCCAACUGACUCUUUUCCUGGCCUAGAGCACUUCCAAGGCAAGUGCCUGCACAGUCGGGAUUACAAGGGCCCAGGAGCUUUCCAGGGAAAGAAAGUCCUUGUGAUUGGCCUGGGGAACUCAGCAUCCGACAUUGCUGUUGAACUCAGUCGUCUGGCUACACAGGUCAUUAUCAGCACCAGAAGUGGUUCCUGGGUCAUGAGUCGGGUUUGGAAUGAUGGGUAUCCUUGGGAUAUGGUAUAUGUGACCCGAUUCGCAUCCUUCCUCCGGAAUAUCCUUCCUUCUUUUGUCUCUGACUGGUUAUAUGUCAAGAAGAUGAACACAUGGUUUAAACAUGAGAACUAUGGCCUGAUGCCUUUAAAUGGCCCCCUCAGGAAAGAGCCCGUGUUCAAUGAUGAGCUCCCAGCCCGCAUCCUCUGUGGCACUGUGUCCAUCAAGCCCAUGGUGACCAAGUUCACAGAGACCUCCGCUGUGUUUGAGGAUGGGACCGUGUUUGAGGCCAUUGACUGCAUCAUCUUCGCCACAGGCUAUGGCUAUGCCUACCCCUUCCUGGAUGAGUCCAUCAUCAAAAGCAGAAACAAUGAGGUCACCUUGUACAAAGGCAUCUUCCCUCCGCAACUAGAGAAACCAACCAUGGCAGUGAUUGGCCUGGUCCAGUCCCUGGGUGCUGCCAUCCCCACCGCUGACCUCCAGGCACGCUGGGCUGCUAAAGUGUUUACAAAGACAUGCAUCCUGCCAACUACAAAUGAAAUGAUGGAUGACAUCGAUGAGAAAAUGGGCAAGAAACUCAAGUGGUUUGGGCAGAGCCACACUCUGCAGACAGAUUACAUCACAUAUAUGGAUGAGCUGAGCUCCUUCAUAGGAGCCAAGCCUAACAUACCCUGGCUCUUCUUGACUGACCCCCAGCUGGCCCUGGAAGUGUACUUUGGCCCUUGUAGUCCAUAUCAGUUUCGAUUGAUGGGACCAGGGAAAUGGGAUGGAGCUAGAAAUGCCAUCCUGACCCAAUGGAAGCGGACCGUGAAGCCAACCAGGACAAGGGCUGUUGGUGAAGCACAGAGACCACGGCACCUUUAUGACUUGCUACGCAUCCUUUUCUUCCCAGUGUUCUUCCUGGCUGUUUUGCUCACCUUUUAUUAAUAACAAAGUCUGCUGGGUGCCAGAGUCCAGCCUAGAAGUGUAAUCACUUAUGUAUAAUAAAUAAACAUAUGUAGGCACACAUAAUCACCAAUGGCCCUCCUUUCCUUCCAACAGAUGUAAAAUGCAUCCUGGAUCAUUUGACUCAAAGGAUAAAUAAAAUGGAAAAUAACCA